AUUCCCUUUUAACAAAAUAAAUACUCUCCCCCUCAGCCUUUGUCUUCCACCUCCAAACCCCUCUCCCCUCUCUCUCUCUCUCUCUCUCUGAGUUGCUCAACUCAGCUCAGUUCUCCCCAGGGACUCUAGUCUCUAGUGUUUAUUCCAGGGAGAGAGAGAGAAGCACAUUAUCAUACCUGUAAGAUGGAUUACACUUUUGUGUUUGUGAUUGCUAGUCUGAUGAUCUUUUCUUGCUCGAUGCCGGCAGUGAAUGCCCAAAGCAUUUCUCUGUCUCCGGCACCAGCCCCGGCCCCAGACUUUGUGAACCUAACAGAUUUGCUAUCUGUUGCUGGACCUUUCCACACUUUCCUUAACUACAUUGAGACCACCAAAGUUGUGGAAACUUUCCAAAACCAAGCCAACGAUACUAAAGAAGGGCUUACUCUCUUCGUGCCCAAAGACGAUGCCUUCUCCAAGAAAACGAAGCAGGCACUCUCGAAUCUCACCGCUGACCAGCUCAAAUCUGUGUUCCUUUACCACGCAUUGCCACAUUACUACUCGCUCUCCGACUUAAGAAACCUCAGCCAAGUUGGUCCGAUCAGUACCUUUGCCGGUGGGCAACUUAGUGCCCUGAAUUUCACUGAUGUGUCUGGGACUGUGCACCUGAACUCGGGAUGGACCAGUACCAAAAUUAGCAGUGCAGUUCAUGCAACUUACCCCGUUGCCAUUUAUCAGGUCGACAAAGUUCUCCUCCCCGAAGCCAUCUUCGGGACAGAUAUCCCCCCCACCCCUGCACCCGCACCAUCUCCAGACAUUGCCCCGGCUGCAGAUGCUCCAGCUUCUGACAAAGGCAUCAGUGGCGACUCAACGUCUCCAACUUCUUCACCUCCAUCGUCUUCCCACAAGAUUAUGAGCUCGAGUCCUCUCAAUCUGAUCUUGGCAAUCGUGGGUGGAUCUGCUGCCUUCUUCCUGUAAACUUUUGUCACACAUUGAAUUAAAUUAAUUUAUGCUUUUGUAAGAGGAUAUACCCCAUUCAGAUUGGUUCACUUGUUCCCCAUUUUUUCUGUCAUAUACAAUAUACUGGUCCUUCCAUUUGGUGAGAAUUGUAUUGUAUUAUUCAGGUCGCUUCAUUGUUGCAUAUACAAUACAUACUUCACCACUCAAUAAACUCAUCAUGAUUCAUGCA